GUCCCAGCUUCUGAUCCAAAAGUAGUGAAAACCCAUCGUCAUGUUUAGGCUGGUGGUUAUUUUCGUCCUGGCAAGCAUCGCCACGGUGCAAUGUGGAACUAUUCUCACGCCUGUUAUUGGCAAGCUCGUUUCUGAGAAGGUCGUCGAGGCGCACGGCAGCAACGUGGUGCAUCCAUCGGCGUCGCUGGUGGCAGCAGCUUCGCCCGCGCUGCUGAGAUACGCGGAUGUCGCUCUGGUACAGCAACCAGUCGCCGAGAUCGUGCAACCGGUGGCGAAGGCUUCCUUGGUCGCCGAGAAGACGAUCGAGGCCCAUGGACAUCAAGUGAUCCACGACGCGCGUCCGUUGGUCGCAGUGGCAAAACCUCUAACAGCCAUCGAAUCACACGUCGCAGUACCUGCGAUUGCCAGUCGUGAAAUAGCCUACACGGCACCGUACUAUUCACCGUAUUUUUCGGCGUAUCCCCAUCAACUGAUUGCCGAGAAAACUGUAUCCAAUUACGGGCAUGUAAUUCAACACGCAUAAUAAUCACAAAUAAUAACUCUAAAGAGCACGCAUGGAUUUACAGAAUAAAAUCUAUCCAUGAAUUUAAGAUGCGCGCGAUCUCCGUUUGAGAAUAUUUUAUUAAAAAAGGUUAAAUUAUGUUCGAAUGAAAAAUUCUUUAAUUUACAAGUUUUAUAAAUUUAAAGAGAGACAAUUGAUCUCUGUUGUGCUCGUUAGUGUUAAAGGAAGGAUCAUCUUUCAGUCUUUGCUCGCAGUCGGAAAAUCGCUCACCCUAAACUAUCAUCACUUUUUAUCACUUUCGCGACGAUAUUAUUGUCUUGGUAGAUCACUCUAAGAAUUGUUCCGAGUUCGAGAACCAUGUCGUUCGCGUGACUCGACAAAACGGAUCGAAAUUGGCAGUCUUUAGCCUGGGAAAGAGGCCGGACGAUCACGUUUGUCAACAUUUAUAAAAAAAAAAAAAGAUUGUACUCGAUGUAAAUUCCUCAAUAAAAAUUUUCAUGCAUUUUCAUAUCCAGACGCACAUAUAUUU